CUCUUUAAAGGCCCGCGACCGGCCCGGAGGCGCCCCGACAGCCGCCGGCGGCCCCGGGCGAUCCCGACGCGCAGGCCCCGGAGCCCGAGCUGCGGCGGGACCGCCAUGGGCCGCUACCGCAUCGGCGUGGCCACCGGCGCCUGGCUCUUCUCCGGGUCGCACAACCGCGUGCAGCUGUGGCUGGUCGGGGCGCGCGGGGAGGCGCGGCUGGAGCUGCGGCUGCGGCCGGCGCGGGGCCAGGAGGAGGAGUUCGAGCGCGACGUCCCCAAGGACCUGGGGCCCCUGCAGUUCGUGAAGCUGCGCAAACACCACUCGGUGGUGGACGACGCUUGGUUCUGCGACUGCAUCACCGUGCGCGGCCCCGGAGCCUGCGAGGAGGCCACCUUCUUCCCCUGCUACCGCUGGGUGCAAGGCCAGGACGUGCUGAGCCUGCCCGAGGGCACCGCGCGCCUGGCAGGAGACAACGCCUUGGACGUGUUCCAGAAGCAUCGGGAGAAAGAGCUGAAGGAGAGACGAAGACUGUACUGCUGGGCCACCUGGAAGGAAGGGUUACCCCGGACGAUAGCGGCAGAACGCCAGGACGAUCUGCCUCCAAACUCGAGGUUCCAUGAGGAAAAGAGGCUGGACUUCGAGUGGGCGCUGAAGGCAGGGGCUCUGGAGACGGUCCUCAAGCGCGUUUACACCCUCCUGAGCUCCUGGAGCCGCCUGGAGGAUUUUGACCAGAUCUUCUGGGGCCAGAAGAGCGACCUGGCUGAGAGGGUUCACCGCUGCUGGCGGGACGAUGAACUUUUCGGCUACCAGUUCCUCAACGGCGCCAACCCCAUGGUGCUGAGACGCUCCGCCUCCCUGCCCUCCCGGCUGGUGCUGCCCUCGGGGACCGAGGCGCUGGGGGCCCAGCUGGAGAGAGAACUCCAGAGCGGUUCCCUGUUUGAGGCUGACUUCAGCCUGCUGGACGGAAUCCCGGCCAACGUGAUCCGAGGAGAGAAGCAGUACCUGGCCGCCCCCCUCGUCAUGCUCCAGAUGCGGCCCGAGGGGAAGCUGCUGCCCGUGGUCAUCCAGAUCCAGCCCCCCAGCCCCAGCUGCCCCGUGCCCCCGCUGUUCCUGCCCUCGGAUCCCCCGCUCGCCUGGCUCCUGGCCAAGAUCUGGGUCCGCAAUUCCGAUUUCCAAGUGCACCAGCUCCAGUACCAUCUGCUCAGCACUCACCUGGUGGCCGAGGUCAUCGCCGUGGCCACCAUGAGGUGCCUCCCAGGGCUGCACCCCGUCUUCAAGCUCCUGAUCCCGCACAUCCGCUAUACCUUGGAAAUCAACACCCGGGCCAGAUCCCAGCUCAUCUCGGAAGGAGGAAUAUUUGAUAAGGCGGUGAGCACUGGCGGAGGGGGCCACGUGCACUUGCUUCGUCGGGCCAUGGCCCAGCUGACCUACCGCUCCCUCUGUCCUCCUGACGACCUGGCUGCACGGGGCCUGCUGGGAAUCCCAAGUGCCCUCUACGCCCACGACGCCCUACGGCUCUGGGAGAUCAUUGCCCGGUACGUGCAGGGCAUCGUCCGCCUUUUCUACCACAGGGACGACGUCGUGAGAGGGGACCCUGAGCUGCAGGCCUGGUGCCGGGAGAUCACCGAGGUGGGGCUGUGCCAGGCCCAGGACCGAGGUUUCCCUGCCUCCUUCCAGUCCCAGAGUCAGCUCUGUCAUUUCCUUACCAUGUGUGUCUUCACUUGCACUGCCCAGCACGGGGCCAUCAACCAGGGCCAGCUGGACUGGUACGCCUGGGUCCCUAACGCCCCGUGCACCAUGCGGAUGCCCCCACCCACGACCAAGGAAGACGUGAAAAUGGCCACAGUGAUGGGCUCACUACCUGACAUCCGACAGGCCUGUCUUCAAAUGACCAUCACGUGGCACCUGGGUCGCCGCCAGCCAGACAUGGUACCUCUGGGGCACCACAAAGAAAAGUAUUUCUCAAGCCCCAAGGCCAAGGCUGUACUAAGACAAUUCCAAACAGAUCUGGAAAACUUAGAAAGAGAGAUCACAGCCCGGAAUGCACAAGUGGACCUGCCCUACGACUACCUGAGGCCCAGCCGCAUAGAGAACAGUGUUACCAUCUGAGCUCUAGGGCGCCCCCGCCUGGAGGCCUUCAGAUCCGCGCUAGUGCUGAGGCUUCAUCUUGAAUUUCCAGGAGUCCAGUCUCUGCUGCUAAAGCUCUACUCUCUUCCCCCAACUAAAGCCCCCACGUCAGUAUCCCACCAGUCCGGGGGGGCUGCAAACCUUUUCUGUAAAGGGCCAGCAAUAAAUGUCUCAGGCUUUGCAGGCCACGCGGUCUCUGUCACAACCACUUAACGGUCCCGAAGCGGCACAAAAGCAGCCACAGACGAUAGGUCACUGAAAUGAGGGGUCACUGGGCUCCUGUAAAACUGUACUUAUGAGCCGUGAAAUAUGAACUU